CCCUAGCGUCAGUCCUGAGUCGUCCUUAUCCUUGACGUGAAUUCACUGAGUCUGCGAUGGCAAACCCUAAGGUCUUCUUUGACAUGUCCGUCGGCGGUGUGCCUGCCGGUCGGAUCGUGAUGGAGCUUUUCGCCGACACCACUCCCCGCACUGCUGAAAACUUCCGAGCACUCUGCACCGGCGAGAAGGGAAACGGCCGCAGCGGAAAGCCUCUGCACUACAAGGGAUCUAAGUUCCACCGGGUCAUCCCUGGGUUCAUGUGCCAGGGAGGCGAUUUCACGGCCGGAAACGGUACUGGUGGCGAAUCGAUCUAUGGAUCUAAGUUCGCCGACGAGAACUUCAUCCACAAGCACACUGGCCCGGGAAUCCUAUCCAUGGCAAACGCUGGUCCCGGAACCAAUGGAUCACAGUUUUUCAUCUGUACAGCCAAGACUUCGUGGCUUGAUGGUAAGCACGUGGUGUUUGGGAAGGUGAUUGAAGGGCUGGAUGUGGUGAAAGCCAUUGAGAAGGUCGGAUCUUCGUCUGGAACCACCGCCAAGGCUGUUGUGGUCAGUGACUGCGGGCAGCUUAGUUGAAUGACUCCUGUGAUCUAUGAGCCUCGAUCUUUACUUUGUCAUGUUAGGGUUUGGUGCUUUUUAUCUUUUUUUUUUCAUCUUUUCUUGAAGGGUAUGCAGUGAUUUCGGAUCGCUUGUUCCGUGAAGAGAGGGAAGGAGAGGCUUUAUUUGAAUAAGCUAGGUUUUGUUACCUAGCGUCUUGUUAUGCUAUGAUAUGAACCUUCUAUCACUCUAAAAAGUGUUUUUAUCCUCUGUUUGGCUGUCGGUGAAAACGAAGGAAAUCACAAUCCUUUUUAAGA